AUGUUGGACGUUAAUGACUUUGUCGCCGACCGUGGUGGUGACAUCAACAAAAUCAGGGAGAGCCAGCGUCGUCGAUAUGCGCCUGAGAGUGUGGUGGAUGAAGUUCUGGAGCUGUUUGAAGCUGCCCGACGAGCCAGAUACGAAACUACGCAGAUAAGUUCCAAAAUCAACGCGGUGCAGAAGGAGAUUGGUCAGAAGAAAAAGAACAAGGAGGACGCCUCCGAACUCUUGAAACAAAAAGCAGAUCUCGAAAAGGAAAAAAAAGAAUCCGAAGAAAAUGCACUCGCAAAGGAGAAAGAGCGUGACAGGAAGAUUAAGACUAUUGGGAAUUACGUUCAUGACUCAGUUCCUAUUAGCGACAACGAGGAUAACAACGUCGUUGAGCGGGUCUGGGCACCAGAAAACGUUGUGGUCGAGAAGCGCGACUGUCUUUCGCAUCACGAGGUCCUUACCCGGCUGGAUGGCUACGAUCCGGAACGGGGAGUGAAAAUCGUCGGUCAUCGUGGUUAUUGCUUGACUGGAUACGGGCUUUUUCUGAACCUUGCGCUCGUCAACUACGGUCUCGAGUUUCUCUUCAACAAAGGGUACAAGCCCAAUCAGCCACCCCAGUUUAUGCUGAAAGAUGCCAUGGCCAAGACUGCUCAACUAGAGCAGUUCGAUGAGGAGUUAUACAAGGUUUCCGAGAGUGAGGAUAAAGAAACGGACAAGUAUCUCAUUGCCACUUCCGAGCAGCCCUUGUCUGCCCUGCACAGCGAGGAGUGGCUCAUUGACUCGGAUCUCCCAGUGAAAUAUGCAGGUUACAGUACUUGUUAUCGUAAAGAGGCAGGAUCUCACGGAAAAGAUGCUUGGGGGAUCUUCCGUGUCCAUCAAUUUGAAAAGAUUGAACAAUUCGUCUUGACCAAGCCCGACAAAUCAUGGGAAGCGUUCGACGAGAUGAUUGCAACCUCCGAGGAGUUCUACAAGUCACUUGGUCUUCCCUACCAAGUGGUCUCGAUUGUUUCCGGUGCAUUGAACAACGCAGCCGCGAAGAAAUAUGACCUCGAAGCCUGGUUCCCCUUCCAGGGUGAAUACAAGGAACUCGUUUCCUGCUCAAACUGCACUGACUACCAAACACGAGAAUUAGAGAUUCGUUACGGUGCUAAGAAAGCUGAUGCGAAGAAGUCCUACGUUCACGCUCUGAAUGCUACUCUGUGCGCAACCGAGCGGACACUUUGCUGUAUCUUGGAGAAUUAUCAGACUGAGGAUGGUAUCAAUGUUCCUGCACCUCUGCAAAAAUACAUCCCCGGAGCUCCCACAUUCCUUCCUUAUACUCGCGAGCUACCAAAGGACACAACUUCGGCUAAGAAGGGCAAGGGAGGCGACGUAGCAGGCGCAGCGAAACAACUCAAGGAUCUCAAAGUCUGA